AUGUCAAUUGUUUCUGAUGAUGAUAUGUCUGAUAUUAUGUCAGAUGAAUCUGAUUAUCAAGAAUCAUCUACUUCAAAAUCAAAAUCAAUAUCAAAACCAAAACAAAAACAAAAAACAAAAAAACCUUUAUCUGAAUCAUCAACAUCCUUAAAUACACCUACUACAAACACCACUACAAAACCUUCAAGUGCUUCAGAAACUUAUCAAAAAUUAUCACAAUUAGAACAUAUCUUAAAAAGGCCUGACACGUAUAUUGGAUCAGUUGAAAAAACUAGUAUUGAAAUGUGGUGUUUUGAUUCAGAAUCAGAACAAAUGCAACAUAAGGAAGUUUCAAUUGUACCUGGACUUUAUAAAAUUUUUGACGAAAUCUUGGUCAAUGCAGCAGAUAACAAAAUAAGAGAUCCAACAAUGAGAAAUAUUAAAGUUAAAAUUGAUCCAGAAAAUAAUGUUAUACAAGUUUACAAUGAUGGUAGAGGUAUACCAAUUGAAAUGCACACCAAAGAAAAAAUGUGGAUUCCUGAAUUAAUUUUUGGUAAUUUAUUAACUUCUUCAAAUUAUGAUGAUGAUGAGAAAAAAGUUACUGGUGGUAGAAAUGGAUUUGGUGCAAAAUUAUGUAAUAUUUUUUCAACUCAAUUUGAAGUCGAAACUGCUGAUUUAAAUACUGGUAAAUUAUAUAAACAAGUUUGGACUAAUAAUAUGAGUAAAGUUAAUCCUCCCAAGAUAUCUGAUCUAAAAAGUAAAAAAGAAUAUACCAAAAUCACUUUCAAACCUGAUUUAAGUAAAUUCGAUAUGGAUAGUUUAGAUGAAGAUCUUUUGUCUGUUUUAAGAAGAAGAGUUUACGAUUUAUGUGGUACAGUUAGGGAUUGUAAUGUUUAUUUAAAUGAUAAAAGAUUAAGUACUUCCACUUUCAGAAGUUAUGUUGAAAUGUAUGUUAAAGCUAUCAAAGAAAGAAGUCCUGAACCAGAACCAACUGGGGAGAUAUCUAAAAAUCAUACAACUAUUGUACAUGAAGUAUUUAAUGAUAGAUGGGAAGUUGCAUUUGCAUUAAGUGAUGGUUCUUUUAAUCAAGUUAGUUUUGUAAAUUCAAUUGCAACCACAGCUGGCGGUACACAUGUCAAAUAUGUUUCAGAUCAAAUUAUAAAUAAAUUAGUUGAUACAUUAUCCAAAAAAGAAAAAGGUAAAAAGAAACUUAUGAUUAAACCGGUUGAAGUUAGAGAAAAUAUGUUCAUAUUCAUUAACUGUUUAAUUGAAAAUCCUGCAUUUACAUCACAAACAAAAGAACAACUAACAACAAAAAGUUCACAAUUUGGUGGUAAAGAUAAAUUUGUUGCAUCAGAUGAUUUAAUUAAACGUAUUUUAAGAACAGGUAUUGCUGAAAAAAUCAAAGCAAUUGCAAAUGCUAAUGAAGAUAAAGCAUUACAAAAAGCUGAUGGUUCUAAAAAGCAACGUAUUAAAGGUCAAGUAAAUUUAGUCGACGCAAAUAAAGCUGGUACUAGAGAUGGAUAUAAAUGUACUUUAAUUUUAACAGAAGGUUUAUCUGCUAAAAAUUUAGCUGUUGCUGGUAUGACAGUCAUUGGUAGAGACUAUUAUGGAUGUUUCCCACUUCGUGGUAAAUUAUUAAAUGUACGUGAAGCUUCAAAUGAACAAAUUGCUAAAAAUGCAGAAAUUAAUGCAUUAAAACAAAUUAUUGGUUUACAACAUAAAAAACAAUAUACACCUGAAAAUAUUAAAACUUUAAGAUAUGGUCAUAUUAUGAUUAUGACAGAUCAAGAUCAAGAUGGUUCACAUAUUAAAGGGUUAAUUAUAAAUUUUAUUGAGACUUCAUUUCCUGGUUUAUUAGAUAUUCCUGGGUUUUUAUUGGAGUUUAUUACACCAAUUGUUAAAGUCACCAUAAAAGGACGUGGUGCUAAAAAAGUGAUACCAUUUUACAGUAUGCCAGAUUUUGAAUCAUGGAGAGAAGGUGAAGGUAAAACAUGCCGUUGGACUCAGAAGUAUUAUAAAGGUUUAGGUACUUCAACUUUGAUGGAAGCUAGAGAAUAUUUUCAAGCUCUAGAUCGUCAUAUGAAAAGAUUUCAUGCAUUACAAGGUGAUGAUAAAAGUUGUAUUGAUUUAGCUUUUUCAAAAAAGAAAGCAGAUGAAAGAAAAGAUUGGUUACAAAAUUAUAUUCCUGGUAACCAAUUAGAUCCAGAAUUAAAUGAAAUCCCAAUUAGUGAUUUUAUUAAUAAAGAAUUAAUUUUAUUUUCAAUGUCAGAUAAUGUUAGAUCUAUUCCAUCAGUACUUGAUGGUUUAAAACCUGGUCAAAGAAAAGUAUUAUAUGGUUGUUUUAAAAGAAAAUUGAAAAAUGAAAUAAAAGUUGCACAGUUAGCUGCAUAUGUUGCUGAAAGUACUGGAUAUCAUCAUGGUGAAGUUUCAUUAGUUCAAACAAUUAUUGGUAUGGCCCAAAAUUUUAUUGGUUCAAAUAAUAUAAAUGUAUUAAAACCAAAUGGUGCUUUCGGUUCUAGAGAAGCAGGUGGUAAAGAUGCUGCUGCUGCAAGAUAUAUUUUCACAGAAUUAACUGAAAUUACAAGAGCUAUUUUCAAUCCCGCUGAUGAUCCAAUUUAUACUUAUGUACAAGAUGAUGAACAAACAGUUGAACCACAAUGGUUUUUACCAGUCUUACCAAUGGUUUUAGUAAAUGGUGCUGAAGGUAUCGGUACUGGUUGGUCAACUAAUAUUCCAUCUUUUAAUCCAAAAGAUAUUGUUGAAAAUAUAAGAAGAUUAAUGAAAAAUGAACCAUUAAUGGAAAUGACCCCUUGGUAUAAAGGAUGGGAAGGUAAUAUUGAACCAAAUGGACCACAAAAAUACAAAGUAACUGGUAAAAUUGAACAAAUUGAUGAAAAUACAUUGGAAAUUACAGAAAUUCCAAUCAAAACUUGGACAAACAACAUUAAAGAAUUUUUACUUGCAGGUUUUGGGACUGAUAAAACUCCGCAAUGGAUUAAGGAUAUGGAAGAACAUCAUACCACUUCUAUUAGAUUUGUCAUAAAAUUAAGUGACCAAGAGAUGGAAAAAGCUUUAAAAGUUGGUUUAUUGGAAAAAUUUAAAUUAGUUUCAUCAUUAAGUUUGGGUAAUAUGGUUGCAUUUGAUCCUUAUGGUAGAAUUAAAAAAUAUAAUGAAGUUAAUGAUAUUUUAAAAGAUUUCUUUUAUGUUAGAUUAGAAUAUUAUGAAAAAAGAAAAAGUCAUAUGCUUGAAGUUUUGCAACAAAAAUUAACUAUGAUCGCAGAACAAGCAAGAUUCGUCAAGAUGAUUAUUGAUAAACAAUUAUCAGUUGCAAAUAAGAAGAAAAAAGAAUUAAUUGAAAUUUUAGAACUGCAUGAUUUUGUUAAAUUUACAAAAGAUGGUAAACCUAUUCCAAAUAAUAAUAAUGAUAAUACUACUUUUAUUGAUGAAAAUGAUUCAGAAGAAGAAAUUGAAAAUGCAGGUGAUGUAUCAGCAUUAAACUUAAAACAAACCACUACCGAAGUUGAAGGUGAACAUAGACCAGAUACAAUUUUUUCAUCGUAUGAAUAUUUAUUGGGUAUGACAAUUUGGUCGUUAACUUAUGAAAGAUAUAUUAAAUUAAUAAAUGAAAAAGAUAAUUUACAAAAAGAAUUAGAAAUAUUAAUUGGUAAAACAGCAAUUGAUUUAUGGAAUUUUGAUUUAGAUGAAUUUAUAAAACAAUAUGAUUUAUUUUUACAAAGAGAUGAACAAGAAAGAGAUCAUUUAGCAAGUAAUGGUCCAAAAAAGAAACAAACCAAGAAAAGAAAAGCAACAGAACCUAAAAAGGAACCAGCUACCAAAAAAUUAAAAGCUGAACCAAAUGAAAUUAAAAAAGCUAAAUCAAAAGAGCCAACCCCAAUUUCAGUUGCAUCUUCAACUACUUCAACAUCAACUCCAGUCCCCAUUGUCAAAAAAGAACCACCAAAAUCUUCAUCAUCAGAUAUACUUUCAUUUUUCUCACCAUCAAGUAAAACCAAACGACCACAACCAAAAAUUCCAACAGCAGUAAAACCAUCAUCAUCAAUGUUUGAUUCUGAUGAUGAUGACAUAUUUGAAAUUAUAUCAACUCCAGAAAAAAACAAAAUAUCCAACAUAAAAUCAAAUUCCAAUACUACAACAACCACUAACACUAACCAAAAAAAAUCAAAAAUAUUAGAUGAAUUAGAUGAUUUAACUAUCAUGGGAGAAAAAGUUGAGAUUUUAGAAGAUAAAAGAAGAUCAAGAAGUAGACCAUCUGCAACAACCACAAAUAAAAAGAAAAAAGUUAUAAUUGAUUCAGAUGAAGAUGAUGAUGAUGAAAGUGAUGAAGAAGAAGAAGAAGGUACAAGUAUUGUUAAUAUUGAUGAUGAUGAUGAUGAUUAUGAUGAUGAAUAA